UACAAGGCUAGGCUACCGUCAAGGAUAGUUGGGUUGCCUGUGGUCUUGGUGCAGUUGAGCAACAAGUCUUUCAGAAAAUGUCUUGUACCAAGAUCUUCUCCGAGGGAGAAAAYUGCAAAACUGACUGGAAAGCUGCCUCCGCAGAUUACGACAAUACGGAUGAACAUCUUACAAUCAUGGGUAAACCUGUUAUGGAGCGAUGGGAGACGCCAUUUAUGCAAAAACUGGCCAGCAUUGCAGCAUCUCGCGGAGGACGAGUGUUGGAGGUCGGGUUUGGCAUGGCUAUCUCUGCCACUAAGAUACAAUCAUUCCCCAUCCAAGAACAUGUCGUCAUAGAGUGUAAUGAUGGUGUUUUCGAGAGGCUGCAAACGUUUGCACAAAAUGCUAAACAUAAAGUCACGCCAUUGAAAGGUUUAUGGCAAGAUAUUGUCCCAAAGCUUGAUGACAACUCAUUUGAUGGCAUCCUUUAUGACACCUACCCCCUGUCAGAAGACACUUGGCAUACGCAUCAGUUUGAGUUCAUCAAGAAUCACGCAUUCCGACUACUUAAGCCAGGGGGAGUUUUGACAUACUGUAAUCUAACAUCUUGGGGGGAGCUGAUGAAGGGCAAGUAUGAAGAUCUUGAGACCAUGUUCCAAGAGACGCAAAUAGGUUAUUUGAUAGAAUCAGGCUUUAAGAAAGAAAAUAUCUCAACAGAAAUCAUGGAUAUUAAGGUAGAGGAAAACUGCAAGUAUUACGCACACAACAAGAUGAUUGUGCCGACUGUCAUCAAGCAAUAGAAAUAAUUGAGGAUUUGCUCUUAUUUUUUAAAACAGAAUUAACAUAGUUUAAAUGUUAUAUUGGGCAAUACACCUUUUUACCUUGGGUGUAAUAUUUUCCCAUUUCAGACCAUAAGUCAUUCCCUAGAGUAUUAUUAUUUUCUUCACCAGCAAUGCCUUUAACUAUAGUGCUUUAUAAUGAUAAUAGGCUUUAUUGAGGAAAACUCUUUCAUCUUUUUCAAUGAUUUUCAAAAAGGACCUCUUUCUUUACUAGGAAUGCUUUUUAGCUAUUGAGCAAUGUUU